AGAAAGAUCAAGAACCAAGAAAACUUCGUGCAAGAACCCAUACAACAUCGAUUGAUCUGUUCAGAAAUGGAUAUGAUUCCUCAACUGAUGGAAGGCUCUUCGGAUUACGCAGGUUCUUCAAACCUAACCGCAAACUUCUCCUCUGGAGCCACCGUAACACAACCACCGUCCUCCUCCCCUCCAUCGGCUAACUCAAGCCGUUACGAGAACCAGAAGAGAAGAGACUGGAACACGUUCGGACAGUACUUAAGGAACCACCGCCCACCGCUUUCGCUUUCCCGAUGCAGCGGAGCUCACGUGCUCGAGUUUCUCCGUUACUUGGACCAGUUCGGUAAGACAAAAGUCCACACGACCGUUUGUCACUUCUACGGCCAUCCUAAUCCUCCGGCACCGUGUCCUUGUCCUCUCCGACAAGCUUGGGGGAGUCUGGACGCUCUCAUCGGUCGUCUUCGAGCUGCUUUUGAAGAGAACGGAGGCCAGCCUGAGACUAAUCCAUUUGGAGCACGUGCCGUUAGGCUUUAUCUAAGGGAAGUUAGAGAUAUGCAGAGCAAAGCUAGAGGUGUUAGCUACGAGAAGAAGAAGCGAAAGCGUCCUCUUCCUCCUUUGUUGGCCUCUUCUUCCUCGGCUGUAGCUAGCCACCAGCAAUUUCAAACGUUGCCUGGUACUAGUUCUACUACUCAUAUAUCAAAGAUUGAGAAGUGA